AUGCUUCUCAACGAAGUGAUCCCCCUUCUAGCCAAGUACUGGCCUCUCGUCCUCGCUUCCCUCGUCCUCGGCCAUUUAUUGAGCAACAAGUAUUGGAAAGGGCUGAACAAGUACCCGGGUCACUGGUUGGCAGGAUACACCAAUUGGUGGAGGUUCUACGAUGUCCUGGGGAGGAAACAUGAAUGGACAAUAUUACGUCUGCACAGGGAGCAUGGAGAUAUCGUUCGGUUAGGACCGAAUGUACUGUCGUUUGCGGAUCCCAAAGCCAUCAAGAUUAUAUAUGGACUGAAUAAAGGAAUGGUCAAGUCCGACUUCUACCCUGUCCAAAAUGCCGUUGCAAAAGGACGACGCUUGCAAUCCCUGUUCUCGACCACGGACGAGGACUACCAUGCGAAAUACAGGCGAUGCGUCAACAAUGCCUUUGCCAUGAGCUCGCUUGUCAACUAUGAACCGCUCGUCAGCUCGACGUUGAAGUUCUUCCUGGACAAGACCGAGCAGUGGUACGCGAAUACUGGCAGGGAAUGCGACUUUGCUCAAUGGCUGCAAUUCUUCGCCUUUGACGUUAUUGGCGAUCUGACCUGGAGCAAGCGUCUGGGGUUCAUCGAGGAGAAUAGGGAUGUUGAUGGUAUCAUCGCUUUUCUCAAGAAAUUCCUCAGUUACGCAGGACCGAUCGGCCAGAUACCAACUCUGGAUCUGUUUCUGGAGAAGAAUCCCAUCAGUCUGUUUGCGCAGCGCAUUGGACUUACCAAGACCGUCUUCCCCGUCACCGAGUUUGCACUCAAGCGCUCCAAUGAGCGCGCCGGAGAGAUUCAAAAGAUCAAGACGUAUGGACUUUCCGAAGGGAAUACGAACCCUCGCGGCGUCGACCUCCUCUCCAAGUUCGCACAGGCGGCGCACGAUCACCCGGAAUUCAUGACGGACAUGCAGAUCCUGGCUUCGUGCACCUCGAUGGUUUUCGCCGGCUCAGAGACGACCGCGAUCUCGUUAUCCAGCGUCUUCUACUUCCUGCUGAAACACCCACGCGUCUAUCAGAAACUGAUGCGAGAGAUCGACGACGCAGUCGCCAACGGCAUCAUCGAAGCUCGCGAGGAUAAGACGGUGUCGUGGUCCGAGUCCCAGAGACUCCCGUACCUCGACGCCGUCAUCCAGGAAUCGUUCCGGCUGCAUCCCGCCGCGGGCUUGAUCCUCGAGCGCAUCGUGCCGCCCCAGGGUAUGAACAUACUCGGGGAAUUCAUCCCGGGAGGUACGAUUGUGGGAUGCAAUGCGUGGGUCCUGCAUCGACGGCCGGAGGUGUUUGGCAGCGACGUCGAUGCGUUCCGGCCCGAGAGGUGGAUCGAGGCGUCGCCCGAGAAGCAGAGGGAGAUGAGGGGGACCAUGUUCCAGUUCGGAGCGGGAGCGCGGACCUGCAUCGGCAAGAAUGUCAGUCUGUUGGAGAUUUACAAGUUGGUGCCGAGUUUCCUGAGAAGGUUUGAGAUUGAAUUGGACCGCCCGGAUGCGGAGUGGAAGACGCAUAAUGCUUGGUUUGUAAGGCAGUCGGAGUUCAAGACGAGGUUUAGACGGAGGGAGUAG